AUGGAAGCUAGUACCAACCUACCAUUUGUGCAGAAUGAUGACAAAGGGACUCUAACCUUUGGUAUUGGUGCAAACGAUCCAUGGCCUUCCAUCUUGGAACAGCUGGAACUCUUGCGCGAAUCGGAUCUGGCGGAGUAUCAAAAUCUCGAGUUUUGCAUUUGGCCCGAGGCUCCCGUGUCAGAAGUUUUUGAGUUUUUGGUAGAGACCUUUGAAUGCUGUUCCAACAAAGGUUAUUCAUGGGGCCGGUUGGUCUUUCAAGAUUACGACGUUGACGACCACACGCAUCUCGCCGUAUUGCAAGCGGCCUGUCGCAACAAACUCUUUCAGUAUUUGUGGAUCUCACCCGUGGCGGCAGGAGGAUUCCGGGAAGCAGCCGAACGAAUGAACGAUGAAACAGCACAUGCCUUGAAGGAUGCCAUGAUUAUGAAUCAAGGCAUGGUGGAAAUAUGCAUGUUCAUGCAAUUAUCGGAAGAUGCCUUUUGUAUUUUGGGAGAUGGAUUGAAACAAACAACGAGCUUGGAGACUCUAUCACUUCAUUUGGGGUGGAGCCGACAGCAUAAUGACGGAUUUGUACCGCCACCUAGAUUUAUUCAAGGACUGAAGGAAAACCGUUCGCUAAGGACUCUGGAAUUAGACGGUUUCCCGGAAGAAGUUUGGCCUGAAAAUAUUAUAAGAGGAUUGGUGGACCAUCCCAGUUUGAAGACGCUCAGCUUAAAGAAGUGCUCCUGGGGAGAGUCGAGCGUUUCUGCACUUGGCGAGCUGCUAUCUUCAUCAUCUUGUGGACUUGCCACGCUGGACCUGUCGUACCCAGAUCUUGCUACCACGCAACAACUGCCAGGCAAUAGCCUUGCCGAAGCCAUGACGACCAAUCAAUCCAUAGAGACGCUCAAAAUGCGAUAUUGUGGAUUGGACCAUAUCACAUUCUCCAAGCUUUGGACUCAACUUUGUUGCUGGAAACGGCUGAUGGAUAUUGAUCUUACUGGAAAUCAAGUUGAAUCACUGUCGCUCGUACGAUCACAGGUGGCGAGACUGCGCCGCUUGGACAUUUCGCAUAAUCCAAUUCUAUCCUUGGAAGCAUUAGCAGACGGCCAACAGAAUACCACUGGACUUGCCAAGUUUCUGCAAGCCCACCCAGAACUACAAUGUCUGGGACAACGCUUUUUGAAAUCCAAAUGCUACUCGUUAAAGCUACAGCAUUUGUUGGAUAUCAAUGCGUCUGGUCGAAUACUCUUUUGCAAUGGCAUUUGGUCCGAGCACUCGCUUUGGCCCAGAGUCUUGGAACGUGCGAAUGAGAAAUUUGAAGAGAAUCCCUAUCGACAGGCCAAUGUUGUAUAUUAUCUGGUCCAUGGUCUUUCGGCAAGCUUGUAG